AUGAGAUCCCUGAAACACCUCAAACAUCACUCCAGGAGCAAUGUGGAGGAAGAGAGAAGCUGUUUUGUGCGAACCUUUCCAAAGAUGACUGAGACACAAGUGGAUGUGGGCACGCAAACGGAGCCCGUGGUGGUGCUAUCACUUGCUCAAGCUGCUGUUCUUGGGCUCAUCUCCCAGAAUGAAAUAUUUGGGGCCACCAUUGCCCCGAAUGGCUUUUACACAGGGGAGCCAAAAGAAGGCCCCCCUCCACCCCCUGAGUCAGUGGAGUAUGAAUAUGCCGACCAGCUGAUAGGUGCCAAUGGGGACUACCUGCCUGAGCCGUCUGGGGAGCACGAGCCCCAGCCGCACUGUAGCGAGAGAAGACGACCUGGCCCCCGUGGGAGAACCAAGAGGCCCAGGAGUGAUGGGGAGCUAGAAUCUCCGCAGCAGAAAGAAGUUGCUCCACAGGCUCAGGUUAAAGGCGAAAUACUUGAUUCUGACAUCCCUCCGCCCUGCAUUCAUAUGAACAACAGAGACAGUCCUGGCAAGUCGGAGGAUUCGGUAACCCAUCAUGCUUCCCCGAAAGAAGAACAGGCCUGUGGAAACUGUACAUCAUGUGUGAGAGACAAACCUGUGCCACAAACGGACGGACAAACCGAACAGGUGCAGGAAGAUGGUUCUGUUAGGGAGACAGAGAGGAAGGAAGAAGAGUUAAUGGUAGAAGAAGAAGAGGAGGAAGCACUGAACCUUAAGACAACUGGAGAAAAUAGCAGUCCUCUGGAGAAUCGUUAUUAUGAUUCCAACGAGGUGGCCUACGAAUCUUCUGAUAUGCCAAUGCAAGGAGAAUAUGAGGAGAACAGCCAGCCCCAGGCCAUGCUUUGGUCGGACCCAGAGGGGCUCGCCAGACGAAUGCAGAUUGACCGAUUGGACAUUAAUGUACAGAUUGAUGAGUCUUACUGUGUUGAUGUGGGAGAGGGUCUAAAACGCUGGAAAUGUCGUAUGUGUGAGAAGUCCUACACCUCUAAAUAUAAUCUUGUCACUCAUAUCCUGGGUCAUAAUGGAAUAAAGCCCCAUGAGUGUGUGCACUGUGGGAAGCUUUUCAAGCAGCCGAGCCACCUUCAGACUCACCUGCUCACCCAUCAGGGGACCCGACCCCAUAAGUGCACAGUGUGUGAAAAGGCCUUUACACAGACCAGUCACCUGAAGAGGCACAUGCUGCAGCACACAGAUGUUAAACCUUACAGCUGCCGCUUCUGCGGUCGGGGCUUUGCCUACCCCAGCGAGUUGAGGACCCACGAGAACAAACACGAAAACGGUCAGUGCCAUGUCUGCACCCAGUGUGGCCUUGAGUUUCCAACCUACGCCCACCUGAAGCGUCACCUAACCAGCCAUCAAGGUCCAACCACUUACCAGUGUACAGAGUGCAACAAAUCCUUUGCGUACCGGAGCCAGCUGCAGAACCAUUUAAUGAAGCAUCAAAACGUUCGUCCCUAUGUUUGUCCUGAGUGUGGGAUGGAGUUUGUCCAGAUCCACCACCUUCGACAGCAUGCCCUCACACACAAGGGUAUGAAAGAAUUCAAGUGUGAUGUGUGUGCCAGAGAGUUCACUCUGUCGGCCAACCUGAAGAGACACAUGCUGAUUCAUGCCAGCGUGAGACCCUUCCAGUGCCACAUCUGCUUCAAGACCUUCGUCCAGAAGCAGACCCUCAAAACGCACAUGAUUGUUCACCUCCCUGUCAAACCCUUCAAAUGCAAGGUGUGCGGAAAGUCGUUCAACAGAAUGUACAAUCUACUUGGCCACAUGCACCUCCAUGCUGGCAGCAAGCCCUUCAAGUGCCCUUACUGCACCAGCAAGUUCAACCUGAAGGGCAACCUGAGUCGACACAUGAAGGUUAAGCAUGGCAUUAUGGACACCACAAUUGAUGGACAUGAGCCACCCAAUGGGACGGAAGGCCAGGAGGAGUACGAAGAAGAGAGCUUUGAAUUCAGUGAGCGAGAAAACCGCGCCAACAACAACACACCAGACGUGGCCAAGCUAUCUCAAAUGGAGUACUACAGCAAUUAUGGGAAGAGUACGGGGCGCUUUAGUGCAGCAGGGAUAGUACCAAAUACACAAAACUGAACAUGUGUGUGAACUCAAUUAACAUAGAUUUGUUUUAUUGCAAUUAAAAGAAAAAAAAAAUGCUUAAGUUCAUCCAUAAAGGGAUAGCUUGUAUUUUUCAACUGAGGUUCUAUGAUAGUUUCGGCCAAUAGUUUCAUUGCCUGAAAUUCAAAGACAAUUUGAAGAAGAUCUAGAAAAAUUUGGGGAAUGUGAGACAAACACAAUGCUGUUUCUGAUUUUAGCUGCUUUUUAUCAACUCGUAAUACUUAUUUUGUUGGAUAAAGUCCAUAUUAAGAUUUGUCAAACAUCUACGCUUUGAUAAAGAAGCCCUCUCUAAGGCCUAAAAACGUAGCUCCUGUGCUUCGCAUCAAAGCGCAGCAAAUAUAUGCUAAUUUAUUUGGUCUCACUAGACAAAAAAAAUUUCAAUUCAAGUUAUUUUAAGGUGAUACAAUCAGCUAAAAGAAGGAGUCCCUCUGACCAGCCAAUAGUCUCAUCAUGCUGAGGAUUUCUUCACUCUUCUACAAAUUGAUUGCAGUAUAGCUAAGACUUUGUCUGCAGCAUGUAGUGUAACUAUUACAGAUACUAACUUAAGACCUAAUGUCAAAAAAUCCAAACAAUCCCUUUAAGAAUGUGGACGCCUAGCAAACUGCACAUUAAUAUGCACUGGAAUCACUGACAUUCUGAAAAUGUGAAAAAUUAAUCUCUAGAGGUUAUAUUUUAAAAAGAGCAGCAUAGAAUAGAGUUUUUAUUUAAGAAUCCUGCUAAUUUGCCAGUUGCUUAACAAGGUCAUCAUCUGAACCCUAAAAUAGCACACUUUGAACAAGAGGAGAUGCAUGUUAUAUUGCACUUACUCAGACAAUCCCAGUAUCUCUCAGUGUGCUGGGGUUUCACCGGUGUGAGCGGUGAAGGAAGGGAACAGGUGUUCUUUCACCUACCAAAGCUUAUCAAAAGGUUAAUGAUUCACCUCGAUUUAUACUGUGAAGAAUAAAAGCUCUGUUAAAAAAAAAAAAAGGAAUCCACUUUAGUUCUGUGCUUUACUGUAUAUUACUGUACAGCGUAUCAGUCCUGCUGUAUGUUGGCUGGUACUGGUGCUUGCACUAGAGGACCACUGUGUCUACUUUUUACUUUCUCAUCAAGCAUCCUCCCCUCCAUUGAUCUCUUAUCUAUGAAUGUAACUGUUUCUGUGGAAUGUUUUCAGGCAAAUUCAAACAGCCUUUUUUUUAAUGCUUUGACCCCUUUACCAAAGAAUUUGACGAACCUUGCAGCUAUGGGCAAGUUCCUUUUUUUACCUCGCAAUUCUGUCGAGCUGGGACAUUGAAUUUCCCCGACUUUAUGAAAUUACAUCCAGGUUUCCCCUCCUAUCCAAUUUUUUGAUCUCCGCAAAAGAUUACCAUGGAAAUAAAAGCUGUGGUGCAGAAUCUCUUUGAACAAACCCUACCUUCCUCCCGUAAAAUCAGAGAUUCUGCAAAGGCAACGCUGUAAAACACAUUUACAAAGCGGCUCCAUAUUUUUUUAUUUUUGGAUUUUUAAAUGGGUAACUCUUGAAUAGAAUUGUCCCCCUCAGAAAAAA